AUGCGGGCACUUAGAGGGGGAUUGGUGAAGCGAGAUGUAGAGAGAUUGGAGAGGGAGUUGAAAUCGUACACAGAGCAGUUGGAGAGGGAACGUGUGCGGUUAGAUGUGCUUCGCGCACGACAGGCCGGUAGGGCAGAUGGUAAGAGCGGGGAAAGUGAGUCUGAUGCAGAAAAGCGACGGCUCACUCGCGAAAAUGCAGCGCUUCGUAGGAAGUUAGCAAAACUUAGAUCUAAUGGCGGAAGCAUGGUGAGGCACCCAGAUGUAGCUGAUUUGCACAACCAAACUGUUGCAGUGUUGCAAGAAGUAAGGCAAAUCAACAUGGAGGUAGAGUCAUUGGGCAUCGCUCACUCAAACCUAACCACCGCCAUAGUUGAAGCACAGGCAGAUGAGCGCGUCCGAGAUGAUCUUCGUAGUAAGCAAUACAAUGAACAACAUGCUCUGCGCGACAGGCUGAAGGAGCUGAAUGAGGAGUGGAGGGCUGUAGAAAAGCGAGAUGUUCAACUUCAUGAACGCUGCGCCGCACUACAGAAGCAGGUGCUCUUCAAUGUACCUGAAAAGGAAGCCGCUGCGCUGAGGACUGAAUAUGAACAGCAAGAAGAGUCCAUAAAAUGCCUAAAGAAGCGCCACGAGUACCUAAAGGCACUUAAUUAUGGACUUCUAGGUGAGGACAAACUUUCUUCCACAAAGGAGGGACGGGCGAAACUUAAUGCAGAGAAGAAGCUACGGGAGCUUCGACAACUUCUAGAGUCACGUGAGAAGGAAUAUGAUAAUUUGAAGGGUACCAUCCAUGCUUCAUAUGGCAGGAGCCGGUAG